GGGAAGGAGGGAGGCAGUCAACGGGAGCCGAGAAGGGCCAGAGGCUGGACGGGGGCGGGGGCGGGGCCAGCGUUGCGCAUGAGCAGCGGCCGCUCCGGGUCGGCAGGCUUCCCUAGCGACUCGGCCGAGGCUUUCCGGCCUCUCGGGCGGCGCUGGGCGGAGCGAGGGGCUCCGGAAGUGGCUGUUGCCCCGCCCCCCACGUGGAUGCCCCGCCCCGGCCAGGGAGCGUCCAGGUGCACCCAGCCAGCAUGGCCCGCUACGAAGAGGUGCGCGUGUCGGGCUUCGGCGACUUCUGCGGGGCGGUGGAGCAACACAGGGACAAGACCAUCUUCGUCUACUUCACGGGCGACAAGGACGCCGAGGGCCGCAGCUGGUGCCCGGACUGCGUGCAGGCCGAGCCUGUGGUCCUGGAGGCCCUCAAGCACAUCCCAGAGAACGCUGUGUUCAUCUACUGCCAGGUUGGGGACCGGCCCUACUGGAAAGAUCCUAACAAUGAGUUCAAGAAGAAUCUAAAGUUGACCGCGGUGCCAACACUGCUCAAGUAUGGGACGCCUCAGAAGCUGGUGGAGUCGGAAUGUCUGAAAGCCAGUCUGGUGGAGAUGCUGUUUUCUGAGGAGGAUUAAGCAAGCUUCACUGGCAGCCCCGAUGUCCCGAUUAUAAAGGAACCUCGUGAUCAAUUGUGUGAUAGUAACAUUAGCCAAAAUAAUGUUUAGAAAGCCUCUAAUGAAUGUCCUGCAAAUACAACACCCUUUGUAAAUGG